AUGAAUCCAUAUCAAUAUGGCUGGUAAACACAAGAAGCUCACCUUCAAGGAGCAGAUGCAGGGGUUCCCUGUGAGACAAAUGUUCAUUAUCAGUAUCAUCCGUUUCUCGGAACCCUUGGCUUUCACGUCUCUUUUCCCAUACUUGUAUUUCAUGAUUCGUGAUUUCCACAUCGCAGAACGUGAGGAGGAUAUCUCCAAGUACAGUGGGUACCUUGCAUCAUCGUUCGCCUUCUGCCAGUUCCUCUUUGCUGUCAGAUGGGGGAAACUCAGUGAUCGUAUAGGUAGAAAGAUCAUCUUGUUGAUAGGCUUGUUUGGUACUUCACUCUCGUUGAUUUGUUUUGGAUUCAGUCAGACUUAUUGGACAGCAUUAAUAUCGCGUAGUUUGGCUGGUGUUUUGAACGGAAACGUCGCGGUUUUGAGAACGAUGAUUGGGGAAAUCGCUACGGAAAGAAGACACCAAGCCUUGGCUUUCUCGACACUUCCACUCUUGUUCAAUUUCGGUAGUAUCAUAGGUCCAGCCAUUGGAGGUUCCAAGUACUUGACCCAUCCUCGCAAGGAAAACCCGUACCACCCAGGGGAAACUAUGGCAUUGUUAGAAGAAGGACUUUCGUUUUACGAGCGUUUCAUCAGGAAGUAUCCUUAUGCCUUGUCCAACAUUGUAGUGAGUUGCUUCUUAUGGUUCUCUUUAAUUUGUGGAUUUUUGUUUCUUGAAGAGACCCAUGAAGUUUGCAAGUACAGAAGGGAUUACGGAGUAGAUUUGGGGGACUGGUUGUUGUUGAAAUUGGGCUUCCAUCCACCGGUCAGACCAUGGCACCAUCAUAAACACACUAGAAAUUCCAGUCUGGAUAACAACCAAGAUAAUGCCUCUAUUUCUUCAGAAACUGUUGAUGAAGACGAUGAUGAUGAUAUCCAAAGUGUCCGUCCUUAUAUCUCUAGAAGAAUGUCACAGGCUAUUGUACAUAGACCUUCUUACGCUAAUGCCUUCACAUCCCGAGUAAUCACGGUCAUCACAGGAAAUUUCAUCAUCUCUUUACAUAACGUCACCUACAACGAAUUCUUGCCAGUUUUUUUGGCAUCUAGAUUCCGUAAAGACGGGCUCAAAUUUCCGUUCAGAAUAGAAGGUGGAUUUGGUCUUGAUGUCAGUUACAUUGGUACUUUGUUUUCUUCUACAGGUAUCAUGGGAAUGUUAAUUGUCCUUCUAAUCUUCCCCAUGAUCGACCGUAACCUUGGAACCAUUAACGGGUAUAGAUUGUCAGUAUCAAUCUUCCCAUUCGUCUACUUCAUGGUACCCUUAGCCAUCUUUACUUUGCACGACUACAACCCAGCCUUCCCCAAGUGGGUUACCCCAGUUAUACUAUACACGUUCACGUCAUUGAAGACGUUGGCUAGUGCAACAGGGAUGCCUCAGGUUAUGCUCUUGAACCACCGUGCUGCUGCCAAGGAACACCGUGCCUAUGUGAACAGUGCUACUAUGAGUAUUAUUGCUCUUGCCAGGUGUACUGGUCCGAUUGUGUUUGGUUACUUGAUGUCUCUAGGUGACAAGCUUUCUACUGGGGAAUUGAUCUGGUGGGUUAUGUCUUUGCUUGCCGGAUUUGGAAUGAUCCAGUCUUACUGGAUGGAAGAUUACGACGACGAUGAAGAUGAAAAAGUUCAACCUGAGCCGGCUGCCGAUCUCUUCGAAGCAGAAGCCUUGGGUGAAGAAGACAUGCAACAAGACUUCACUACAAUAGAGGUUUCUGAUAACGAGCAGUCUAGCUUGUCUACCAAUUAGAGAACAUAUCUAAAAUGAUAAUUCAAAAAACUUAAUUGACAUAUUGAAUAUGUGCAUCGAAAGGAACUCUUCAAAUAUCAUAGAAUUGUCUAUAUCCAUAUAUAUUAGAAACAUAUAGAAACGUACGGAGUUACCCUUC